GAGGCGCUGGGCCCAGCGCUCCCGCUCGCUCCGAGCGGCCCCGGCGGCCUCAGCGUCCCCCAUUCCCUCCGCGCCCACCCCCCGGGGGCGGCACGAACCCGCCGGGAAGAUGUCCCGGCCCGUCAGGAACAGGAAGGUGGUCGAUUACUCCCAGUUUCAGGAAUCAGAUGAUGCUGAUGAAGAUUAUGGAAGAGAUUCAGGGCCCCCAUCCAAGAAAAUCCGCUCGUCUCCCCGAGAGGCCAAAAAUAAGAGGAGAUCUGGGAAGAACUCUCAGGAGGACAGUGAGGAUUCAGAAGACAAAGAUGUGAAGACUAAGAAAGACGAUUCACACUCAGCAGAUGAAGAUUUUGGCAGCGAAGAUGAUGAUAUAGGAGCAGAUGAUGGCAAGGCUGACAGUGACUAUGAGAGCUCUCAAAAAAGCAAAAAAGGAAAAAAGGCUAAACCAGACAAGAAUAAGAGAGCAGCCUCCAAAUCCAGGAAAAGGCCUGCAGAGGACAGCGAGGAUGAGAAGGAGGAUCACAAAAACGUCCGUCAGCAGCGACAGGCGGCGUCCAAAGCGGCUUCCAAACAGCGGGAGAUGCUCAUGGAUGACGUGGGAAGCGAGGAGGAAGAGCAGGAGGAUGAUGAGGCCCAGUUCCAGGAGACAGAUUCAGGAAGUGAUGAAGACUUCCUCAUGGAAGAUGAUGAUGACAGUGAUUAUGGCAGUUCAAAAAAGAAGAAUAAGAAGGUCUCCAAGAAAUCCAAGCCAGAGAGGAAAGAAAAGAAAAUGCCCAAGCCCAGGCUAAAGGCUACAGUGACCCCCAGUCCAGUGAAAGGCAAAGGGAAGGGAGGUCGCCCCACAGCCUCCAAGGCAACGAAAGAAAAGACCCCAUCCCCCAAAGAAGAGGAUGAAGAGCCUGAAAGCCCCCCAGAAAAGAAAAAAUCAGCCAGCCCUCCACCAGAGAAGUCAGGGGAUGAGGGAUCUGAAGAUGAAGCACCCUCUGGUGAAGAUUAAAUGGCAGUUGAGGAAAUCUUUGGUUAAAAAAAAAAAAGAGGAAAAAAAAAAAGAAAAAGGAAAAGAAAAACAUACUUUUAGGGGUAGAACACGGUUUUGGCUGUGGCUUGACUCAUGGGCUUUGAAUGCUGUCUUUACUUUCAGCUGUUUAAUACAGUGUAUCCUUUUUUAAUAAGAGGAAACCCUUAUACAGUAAUAUUUUGAAGUCAAUGUUCUCUGUUGGCCAUUCCGUUCUCCCUCCCCCAGCAAAUCUGAAAGCCAUUUGAGACAAAUUAACAGACCAUUAAAUAUAUUUUUUUUUUUCCAAGGGAUAUUGCAGUUGUGAAGCAAUAAGGUUUGACGACUGAUAUGUGGAAACCAUACUUACAAAUCCUUAAGUAGAAUAGAUUUUUCCCAGUGCUGGUAAGAGUUGUUUUAAAACUAUUAUUCUGUAUUUGAAUAUAUGGAGAGAAAAAAAAAAAAAAAACUAUGCUUUAACAGACUUUUGUUGAGAUGAGUUCACUCUCAGAAAAAAAUGUAGUUGAUAUAAUUCCAGUGGAGGAAAAGGAGAUACAGGGAGGAAACCUGUAUUCCUUGGAUUCAGGCACGUUUUUCAUGGAAAGCAAUCAAGAGACCCGGAGAUGGUCCAGUGUCUUUGAUUUAGAAAAGACCCUCCAAUUAGGAUGGGAGAUUUUUAAUUUUUUUUUUUUUUUGUCUUUGCUGGAUA